AUGCCUCCCAAGCGCAUGUACGUCGACGGGCCCUCGCGCCGCGCCCCCAAGGGCUUCGUCGCCUCCACCUACGAGACCCUCACCUCGUCGGAAAACGCCGCCGUCGUCCGCAGCAUCGCCGUCUUCGGGGCCGCCGUCACCUUCCUUGCCAGCUCUUGGGGCGAGCUGCUCCUGCCUCCCCAGUAA